AUGCCUCAGGUUUUCGGCUCCAUUCACAACAACACCUGGGAUGUGCCACUCGAAAGCUUCGUGCCUACGGCGAAAAACGGUUGGAUCGCGCAGAUACUUUUCAUCAUUAGUACUUGCGCAACUAAAGCAUCAAUCCUGCUGUUCUACAGACGAAUGACGAAGGGCACUUACAACGCACGAUGGCGAUACGCCAUCUGGGCAGUCCUGGCGUUCACCUUUGCGUUCUUCGCUGCAGUGCUGGUUGCCUACUGCUUCAUCUGCCAGCCGCUGGACGCAUACUGGAAGUCCUACAGCUUCACCUACGACGAACCAUUCACGUGCAUUAACGGCAACGUAUUAUCCCAACUGGUCGGCGCUCUAAGUAUCCUCAGUGACUUGUACGCCACCUUACUACCCUGGUGUAUGCUCUGGAAGUACAAGCUGGACGUCCCACGCAAACAGAGAACCGCCUUGAACACCAUCUUUGGUCUAUCCCUGGUUGUUGCAGGCUGCGCUGGUGGAAGGCUAUACUACCUCUACAGGAUGAACCACUCCUACGACACUUCGUGGAACGGAUUCUAUUUCUUUGUCUGA